AUGCCGAAAAGAGAUUUCCAUGAAUUCGAAGAAAACCACCAGCAGCAGCAGCAGCAGCAGCAGCACCACCACCACCACCACCACCACCACCAACAGCAGCAGCAGCAGCAGCACCACCACCACCACCAGCAGCACCACCAACAGCAGCAACAGCAGCAGCAGCAGCAGCAGCAGCAAAAAAAAAACUUACAUGAUCCCACCAGCAUUCCCAGAAGUUAG